AUCUACCUUUUCAACCAACCUAGUAAACACGCGUGAACAGGACACGGAUAUCGCCGUCAAUCAACAUCAGCUUUGUGUUUUCACAUACAUUUGAACUUGGGACAUUCUUCAUUACACACACACGCUUGAUGGGCAGUUGAUGGUGUGCUUACUGAUGUCAGUUUGAUCUGAUUCACAUGUUUGCCAGGUCGUCAAGGGAAGCAACAAAGUGGGCGUGUGGUCGUUUCCUGGUUCCAAGCAACAAAUACUCCCUGGCGUGCGCAGUCACUAGACAAUCUCCACCAUCAGGUUGCUGGGGCUCUAUUCAGAUAACCAGGUCAAAUAAUUGGUUUUGUCUUUCAUUUGUGAAAGGAAUAAUUGUCAUGGCCAGACGGAAUUUCAAGGGCCAUUCUCAGACAGUUGGCCCAGCUCGACUGAAAGUACUUCUGGAUCUAGACCAAGUUCUGGCUGAUUUCGAAGGAUAUUUCCUUCAGCGAUAUAAGGAGAGAUUCCCAGACCUGCCUUUCAUAGAAGAGAAGGACCGAAACACGUUCUACCUGAGGGACCAGUAUGCUAAACUAAGGUCCGAUCUGCCAGACCGGGUGAGGGAGAUCUACAUGGAGGAGUAUUUCUUCUUGAGCCUUCCGGAGAUACAGGGCAGCAUCGCAGCGGCCAAGGCGAUGGCAGACAUGGAGGACGUUGACGUGUUUAUAUGCACAAGUCCCCUCACAAGCUACAGAUACUGUCUCAGUGAGAAGUUUCAGUGGGUGGAAGACCACCUUGGGGCUGACUGGGUGGACCGCACCAUCAUUGCUAAGGACAAAACUAUGAUAUAUGGCCAUAUACUCAUAGAUGACCGACCUCACAUCAAGGGAGCAUGCAAGAAUCCAUCCUGGGAGCACAUCGUGUUCACCUCACACCACAACAUCAGGACAGAUCUACGAGGCAAGCGGCGCCUGGACAGCUGGACAGACGGACAUUGGAAAGAUCUGAUAGAGGACUUUAAGAAGAGAAUUUAAACAUUUUCAUAAUUUGCUCAUCUUCACACAUUGGUGAAUGGAUUCUUUAUAUUUGUAUAUGAUGAUAUGUGUUUUGUGUAAUACACAUCUCUUGAUGUUCUUUUGACAUCUGGUAAAACUGUU